AUGGAUAUUGUUUAUCACAAUGGCACCAAUGGGUCCAGUCCCUGGGUCGACUUUUAUCCCUAUACACCCUCCGCGAGCGCCGGUUAUGCGUUCAUGGGUCUAUUUGGAGUCGCGACAGUCGCCCAUUUUGUAUUCAUCUUCUUAUUUCGCGCUCCAUAUUUUCUUCCAAUGAUAAUUGGCGGUAUCUGUGAAACCUUUGGUUAUUACGGUCGAGCCUGGUCGCAUCAGUCUCGAACUGAUAUUGGUUCCUGGGCCUUGGGAGCAAUGCUGAUUAUGACUGCACCGCCCCUUCUCGCAGCGACAAUAUACAUGGUUCUCGGCCGUAUCAUUCGUUCAUUUGAUGCGGAGCAUCUGUCAAGAAUGCGCGUUAAAAGGCUCACGCUCACUUUUGUACUCAACGAUGUGAUAUGUUUCUGCACUCAGCUUGGCGGAAUUGGCAUUCAGGUUACAGGUGAUGCAAAUAUUAUAAGCAUCGGCGACAAGGUAGUGCUAGCCGGUUUGAUUUUUUCCCUGUUCAUAUUCGCCCUUUUUGUCUGGAUCGCUGUUGAUUUCCACCGACGACUUUCGCGUGAGCCUACAAAAAUUCUUCUCAUCAAGCCCGAGGAAUCGAUACCAUGGAAACGAUACAUGAUAGCGCUGUACAUUUCUUCUCUCGCGAUGAUUAUUCGAAAUCUUGUUCGGGCGAUUCAAUUCGGUGCUAGUCGGCUAUCCCCGGUAAACACGCAGGAAGCGUAUAUCUAUGUAUUCGACGCGUUUAUGAUGUUUAUUUCCAUGGCUGUGCUGUUGGUAUAUCAUCCUGGGAAUCUUAUUAAAAAGGCGAGAAGGAUUGCUACUGUGAAUCAACUUCAUAGGGAACUAGUCACGCCAGAGGUUGGAGACGAUGCGGCAAAUUAUGGACAUAUCCCAAUGACGGAUAGAAUAUGA